CGAGAGAUGGAAGAGAGAGAGAGAGAAAGAAAGAGAAAAGGAAGUGUCAGCUGAGAGACGAUAACUGUGUUUAGUAGGGGUAGGGAGUGUCCAAUACGCGCACCAACUCACAUGCUACUCACUCACUCUACGAUUCUGUCUCUUCUCUGUCUCUCCCCUGUGUCAUCUUCAUUUCCUCCUUACACGAGCUUGCUCAGUUUGUAAAGCAAUAUCAGUAAGAGUUGACAGUAGGCGAGUAGAGAUGUGAGAGGUGAGGGUAAGGAAGGACAGAAAUCAGAGGAUUUUCUUCUUUUUUAAAGGUGAGAUUUAUACAAAGGACAUUACUAAGAGAAAACAUUUUAUACUAAUUUUCUUUUUAUUAUCGAUAAAAUUAAAUUGAAGAUAUUUUUGCUUUCUGUAGCCCAAAGGAGCAUCAAGGUUUUGUGAGAAGUUGCUGACUGACUUUUGGAAGAGCUUCAGACAAAGGUAAUCUUUGUGAAAUACAAGAAACACAAUGUAAGACUUUGGCUUAAGUCUCUCUCUUUUUUUUUCUUUUUUUUUUUUGAACUGUUGAAAUGUUCAAACCUUUUUUUGUGGUGUUCAGGGUAUGUUGAAAUUACUAUUAUUAUUAUUCUCAGAAGUUUUUUGUAUGCAUGUACCUGUUGCCACAAAUCUACUGUUUCAUAUCUUGAUGUCAUAUCUUGUCUCUUGUUUUUUUCUAAUCUCCUCUCUGUCUCUUUCAGCACCUCUUCUUCACCCAUUGAUAUUUGGCCCCUCCAUCUCAGGUGGAGCGCAGUCAGGUGUGAUGGCAGAGGCCUGCAAUGGCCCACCCCCACAGGUAUUUGUGGUAGACAGCCAAGCAUGCCCUGUUUCUGUGCCUAUGGGAAGGAAACAGAGGUGGGAGAGAGCAAGCAAAAACUUUCUCCUACUGACUUUGGUACUGGUCGUGUUUGGGCUUGUUGUGCAGGGAUAUCUAAUCCACAGCCUCAACAAAAAGAUGGAGGUAAGGCUGAUAUCCAAGUGAGAGUGUGUAUGUGUGUGAAUGUGUGUACAGAGAAACCUCAGGAUUCUGAGCAAAAUGGAAAUUCCUGUAGCUGAGAAUUCCCCACUCUUGCUCCACGUCAUAUGCAGACAUGACAGGAGCAGAAACCUUUACAUGUAAGGGCAUGUGUUGUUUUUUGCCCUUUAAAUUACGGGUCAUUAAUGCCGAAUGUGUCAAAUGGACUCGUCCACUCUAGUUUUACUUCCUUCUGUCCUCUCUUAAGCGAGAAACCGCAACACAGCUUCACUUUUUUGAGUUUCACAGCGCUAUUUAUUUACACACUUGAUUCCUUUAUGUUAUACCCUGCACUAUGUGUCAAUAUCUUGUCUUCCUCCCUAACUUACUCAAUCAAUAAUGAUUAAUAACCCCUUGACCUCUCCUUUGAAUGUUGUUCCUGUAAAAUUUUCAAAUAAUCAUUUUCAUUACCUUAUCCCCCUCCAUUUUAAACUUUCAGUCAACUCUGAAGAAUCUGUACUCUAACUGUCACAGAUUAACAGUUAAUUUCUCAGUUCAAAUUUUAAACCUGGCUUGAAAAAUAGAGUUAUCUUAAAAAAGGGUUCAUUUAGGAAACUAUGAAAAUACAAUGACCCCUACUGCUUUUCUUGAGAUCUGAAAAGAUUUACCCCUGAAGGCUGAUUCUAGCCUCUGGUUUGAUUUUUUUUUUCAAAUUGUCUUAAGGGGAAUUUUGUUUUCAAAUAACUAAAAUGAUAGAAUAUAUGUGCUUUUUUCAACGAUAGACUGUAUAUACUAUGGACAACUUGGCUCCGCCUCCUGUCAUUAUACUAAUUUGAAGCUUAAUUGGAUUUUCUCCACUUCUUGGUACCACCACUUGCGCAGUAGCAUUGUACGCAUUCAGUGGGAGAGUCACUAUGAUGACGCUUGGCUCAAACAGUGUAUCCCCCUGGAUGAGCUACUUGAUCCUCAUACGCCAUAGGCUGUAUCAAGUGCCAAUCCUUAAACUAAUGGGUCAUACAAAAACCCGGCCCCUGUGCAGUGUGUACAAGUAGAGAAAUGCUCUAUUUAGACCAAAAAUAGAUUUUGAGUGCCAAGUUGUAAACAUGUUUGCUUCUGCUGUAAAUAUAGGCUAGAAAAGGUGUGUAUGUGGCUUCCGGGGCUUUUGUAGGCAGCCUCAAGUGGACACUUGAGGAACAGCACUGGCUACACUUUGCACUGGCUUCAUUCCUCAAGAUUCAAGGUUGCUGCCUGGUUUGAACUCUUGGUUUAAUCUUACAUGUCAAAAUUGUAUGGUUUUCUUGGUGGUGGUUAUAUGAGAUUUACAUGUAGUGCACUUCAUAGCAGUAAUUUAAGCAUGCCAUGUAAAAGCAUAUGGAGCAUACAGCCUAACCCGAUUGAGGUUUCCUCCAGCCUCAAGAGGCCUCUCACCCUGGCUCUGCCUUUCCUGUCUUUUUCAUAUCUCUACAGACUCUUCUUGUUUUCUCUCUCUUACACUCCUUGUGUAUGGGUAUGUAGGAUAGUGAGAACUCAGCCUCCUUAAGGUGCCUAACACAGCCAAAACACUGGUGAAGGGGGUGCCCACUUGAUUACAUUGAUGAUGUACUGGCUCAAGCUACCUAUCAAUCCCUAUCUCCAUAAGUGUUGAUGGAUAUUUAGGGCCAUGUGGGAUUUUAUGAAACAGAUCAGUAAAUAAUAAAUGUAGGACUAAGGAUAUAAUGGGAUGGGUUCCCUUACUGAGCACGUAUUCAUUAGACCACAAAUACCUUAUUUAUGCCAGCCAACAGGAUUUUUGUUUCACUGAUUAUUCUUCAGCGAUAUCAUCAUUUUGGUUGGUUUUAGCUAAAAUGUGCUUGUAUGAAUGUUGAAUCGUGGAUUUACAUCACAUUUGUUGUCCUCUUUCUGGAAAUCUCAGUUUUUUUUGUUUUUCUUUAAAGAGGCAUGACACUUCCCGUACUUACAAAUUCUAACUUGUGAUGUCUUACGCACAGAGAUUUUGUUACUCAAUCGUUUUCUAUUUCCCUUUCUCCUUGUUCUUUUUCUCCUUGCAGACAUUCUCCCACAGAUUGUCUCACCUUACUAGCCAAAACCUAUCUGGUCCCAUAUCAUCCAGCCUACAAGUAAGAAUGAGAGAACAAGAGUGUUGGGGUACCAAACUAAGACCUUUGUUGUUACAUAGCGUGAUGUUUAAUGCAGUUUGAAGAAUUUGCUCUUUUUGUGUGUGUCUGUUUCAGGGGGACAAAAUGCAGAGUCAAGACAGACCCAAAGGUAGUAAGUAACUCUCUUCUCUUAUAGAUUAUUUUGCUAUUUGUUUUAUAAAGGUGGAACUUGCGUGAGUUAAUCCCGUAUCUUGAUCAUGACCCCCCCCCCCCCCCCACAAAAAAAAAAAAAAAAAAAAAAAAAUUUACAAGGCAAACACAAUAAAUUAAAAUCACUAAGGGAGACAGGUUAUUUUUGAGAACUUAAGAGCUCAAAAAACUUCAGCAAUUUAAAAUCUAACUCUCACUAUGACCUCUUAUAUUCCUGUAUUCACUUGUUUACUGAUUUUCUUUUUGAGCAGCGACCAAUGAGAUUACCAUGAUAAGACCACAAACAGUGGAUCAGGAGAGACCUUUUGCUCACCUGAUGGGUAAGAACUUUGUUUGCCAUUAAACCUGCAUAUUGUGCACAAACUUGACAUGUAAUCUGAGCUAAUUUUCUGUCUCAUUUUCUCCUAUUCCUGCCAGGAUCCAACCGAACUGUGGACAAGGACAAUGUGGUGCAGUGGCUUAACAAUAGUGGGGACAGCAUCACUUACAACAUGGGCUACAGAAAUGGCCGACUGUUAGUGGAGAAGGAAGGUUACUAUUACAUCUACUCCAAAGUAUCCUUAGAUGCUGAAGAGGAGUGUUUGUAUUUUCAGCAUGAGGUCUGGAGAGACACCACAGCUUACGGGAAGCCUAUACAACUUCUGAAAUCAAAAAGGUUUGACAGAGUUCCUUUUGUUAUACUGGUGCUUAAAGUCCUGUUUGUAGCUUUGCCUCUGUAUUUCAAUUGUUGGUAGGCUACUAACAAAGAGUGAGGCGAUAACUAUUUCGGUCAUUUACAUUCCUUUUUAUUUUGAUGUAUAUUCUGCAACUUGACCCUCAUUAAGACAAAAAUUAAUGCUUAUUUAACAGAAUAUAGUGUUUCUGAAACUUCUGACAGAUCUUUUGAGCACGUUAUUUUCAUGUCAACAUUUCCAUUUUUUCUACCACACCCACGUGGGCUUUUAUGUUUGACGUGUUUUUUUCUGUGUUCCAAUGCGCCAUCAAACCAAAGUGAAAAAAGUGUUUCAGAUGGAGGCAGAAAUCAUGGUAUUCUAAUACACCAAAGCUAUUCAACAGGUGUAAGAGAGGAAAUAUAGAAUCUGAAAAAAAAAGGGAAAACACCCCCGCCUUAACCAAACUAAGCUAAGCUAAGGUAAACCAAACAAAAACAAACCAAACUUAACCAAAGUAAGCUAAACUGGAUUUGAUGCAAUUAAUGUCUACUAAACUUAACUUAACAAAGCUGAUAAUAAAUAAAUUAAAACCAAAGUCAACAAAAUUGAAAUAAUCUUUAAAAAUAGUUGCAGAGUAAACUCAUCUAAAACUAAAUAAGCUAAAGUAAAACUGAUUCACCUUCACUUAAAUACACUUAAUUGAAUCGAGGUAAACUAAACUGAACUUACUCCAGUCUGUUUUAAAGCUGCAGUAAGGUAGUUGGUAUCCACCCGUUGUGGAUAUUGGCAAUUUAGAGUACAAAGAAAAGCUGUUUUAUCAGAUUGUUUGUAUAUGAUAUCACAGUUUACACUUACUUCAGCCUGGAUGGGAAGAGGGCCAUAUUACUCACUGUAAUCUACCUAUCAAAUCAUGAUUAUCAUCUGUUGUGUGGUGGGAUAUUGUUUAUACACUGGAGUUAGAGUCUAUCUCUCAAGUGUGUCUAAUGAACCUUUCGGCUAAAGUAGAUAACAGCACAUACCAUCAGGUAAACACAACAUCCAUUUGACGAUGGGAACCAUUUAGUGUAUGAACCAGCAGGCCCUUAUAAGUAAGGUGAAUAACAAAGGUUUUUUUCAAGUUUCUCUGCGUACAUCUGUUUGUUCAUGCCCUCAAGGUGAGUCACCUGAUAUGACAGUCACUGACACUUGUUUUAAGUAUGCUUAUUCUUUUACUUUUUUACUUUCAUGGCCCCCAAAUACUCAUUGAAUGCAAUAAUUCCUUAAAAUUAUUAUUACAGUUAUUCUUAUUCUUAUUCUUAAAUGCAUUGCUGCAUAAUAUCAACAUGCUACUUCAGCUGUCCUCUGUAGUGAGUGGUGUCAUCGUAGACAUGUACCUGAAAGUAGUCAAUAGUGUGCUGUCAGUCUUCUGGUCUGGACCUUAGUGAACUUGUCUUUAUCAAACUAAACUUCACUUAAUUUAAUUCAUCUUAACUUUAACAGAGAUAAGCGCUGUGUUUACUCAGUUUCCUGUUUUUUAUGUUUUUUUCUAGACCACGCUGCUUGACUGACAGACCCGCAAACCGAAAUCCUUCGGCUGUAGACGAUUACUGGAACAGUUUUCUGGCAGGGAUAUUUGAGCUGAAUAAAGGGGAUGGGAUUUAUGUGAAACUGGACAGUAAAGAGAAGAGGCUACCAGAUCCUGCUGACAACCUGCUUGGGGGCUUUAUGAUAUCAGAGAAACACCCCCGCCCCACACAGUGAACAGAUUCUGUCUCUGGUUAUAUACAGCAUAUGUGAAUUUUAAACUUCUGUCAAUAGAUAACCUAAAUUAUUUUUUUGUCAAUUAAUGUAUUUGAAUCACUGAAAAGCAACAAAUGUUGUGAUGUAAAUGUAUCUGAUAUUCAGGUUAUGUGAUCCUUUUUGAUGAUAAGCUGUGUGGUUUCUUGUUUAUAUAUAUAUAUAAAAAAAAAAACAUGUAAA